AUGAACGGCGACAAGAGCAAGAAGAGAACCAAGUCCCAAAAGUCCAAAGAACCAAAGAAAGCCAAGACGAAUGAUGAGAUGGUGACCGUUGACGUGGUAGAAUCGUCGGAGUUGAAUGAAGCCAUGAAUCACAUUUUUUCCUUGCCGGACAAUGGAAAGAGUACAGGGGAGAAUUUGUUGCAGUCCAUGGAAAAAAUUGGCGCCCUGGAGGAGUCCUUGAACGAAGAGGCUAAGAAGCAAGCACGUUUCCGCCAACUCAUGGACUUUUACAAAAAACAGCCCAUGCAAGUAGACAUGAUUGUGACCCAGGAUUGGUUGGAAAAGACCUACGGUCAUCUGGUUCCGCCAAACAGUACGGCCCCAGAACUGGCUACACCACAGCCAUCUAACUCACCAUUAGAUCCUUAUUCUCCCGUGUCUCUCCCACCUGUCACCCAAACGGAUCCCAUUGAAAAGUUGAUGCAAGAAAUCACCCAAGAAGAGAGAGACAAGGCGAAUGCGGAUUUUAUCAAUCAGGGUAUCCUGCCAUGUCCAUUCCAUCCUUGUGAGAACGUGAAUUGUUUGAAUCCCGAUGCAGAAUUUGGUGCUUUGUACUACCGAUGUCCCUAUCCCAAUUGCUGUGUUUGGUUUACCAGCGAGACUUAUGGGAUAGUGCUCGAUGUGUUGCAGAACAUCACCAACAAGAAGCUGCUUCCCCUGUUCCAAGACGCCAGCUUGAGGUGCGAGUGUAACCUGGUGCCUAACAUGAAGCUGAGCAAGANUCCUUGAACGAAGAGGCUAAGAAGCAAGCACGUUUCCGCCAACUCAUGGACUUUUACAAAAAACAGCCCAUGCAAGUAGACAUGAUUGUGACCCAGGAUUGGUUGGAAAAGACCUACGGUCAUCUGGUUCCGCCAAACAGUACGGCCCCAGAACUGGCUACACCACAGCCAUCUAACUCACCAUUAGAUCCUUAUUCUCCCGUGUCUCUCCCACCUGUCACCCAAACGGAUCCCAUUGAAAAGUUGAUGCAAGAAAUCACCCAAGAAGAGAGAGACAAGGCGAAUGCGGAUUUUAUCAAUCAGGGUAUCCUGCCAUGUCCAUUCCAUCCUUGUGAGAACGUGAAUUGUUUGAAUCCCGAUGCAGAAUUUGGUGCUUUGUACUACCGAUGUCCCUAUCCCAAUUGCUGUGUUUGGUUUACCAGCGAGACUUAUGGGAUAGUGCUCGAUGUGUUGCAGAACAUCACCAACAAGAAGCUGCUUCCCCUGUUCCAAGACGCCAGCUUGAGGUGCGAGUGUAACCUGGUGCCUAACAUGAAGCUGAGCAAGAGUGAAAAGAACCAUAACAAGGUGUUUCUUUGCUGUGGCAAUAAAAACAAGGAGAAGAAAUGUGGUUACUUUCAGUUUACUCACUGGAGCCCCUGGAAACCCAAGAGACCCAGUCAACCCUCCAUGGACGAUUUUAUGUACCGUCCACCACAGCGGCAAAACCAAACUAAAUACAGACCACCGCCAAACAGAUUGAAUGGAUGGCCGGGACCAAUACCUUUCUCGCCAGAAAGAGAGGAACCCAUCACAAGGCGAAAACCUUUGAAGGAAGAUUACUUUAGGAAGAGUUACAACAGCAGCAAUCAUAUGGUGCCUUGGAGUGUACAUGGAAAACCACAUUUGUUUGGAAGUUACAAAAAAGAACCCAGUAAUCACAUGGUACCCGUAGCAGAUGAUGAUGAUGAUGAUGAUGUAGGUUGGUUUGGAAGCGAAAGGUCGUUUCCAGAGCCCCCUCCCGAACCAGGAACCAAGGAGUACGAGGACUGGCAAGAAAGAAAAAGAGCCAGGAAGAGCCAGAAAAAGAUAAGAGAAGAUCCCUGGAUACAGGAGUUUAAGAAAGAAACAGACAAGCAAGAACAAGAGAGAGAAAAGAGAUUUUUGCAAGAAUGUGAUGCCAAUAAUGCUCGAAGAAGGGAGUGUGGCAUGGCACCCUAUUCCUACGAAACAUUUAAAAAAUAUGGAACGGGUAUCUUUUGA